UUUUUGGUAUCACAACAGUUGAAUCUAAUGAUUUCAUGGGUUCUCAAUUUGAUGGUAUUAUGGGUAUGGCUUAUGAUUCUCUUAGCACGCAAGGUGCUUCAACACCAUUCUCUAAUAUGGCUCAGCAAAGGACUGUCACUCAGGCAAUAUUUGGUUUUCAUUUAUCUAGAGCAGAAGAUCAUGAUAUAGGUACUCUUACUUUUGGUGGUGUUGAUAUUCGGUCAUUUACUGGAACAAUUAAUUUCAUUAAUUUGGUUUCUAAUUCUGGCUUUUGGGAGAUACCUAUGAAUGAUGCUUCUGUUAAUGGAAAAUUUUUUGGUUUUAAAAAUAGGGUUGCAAUUAUUGAUACCGGUACUACAUUAGUAAUUGCUCCACCAUCUGAUGUAGCCGCUAUUCAUCAAUUAAUUCCUGGUUCUAUAUUAUUGCAACAAUUAGGUGAAUACGCUAUUCCAUGUAAUACAAAUGCUAAAGUAGCUUUAAAAUUUAAUGGUGUUAGUUAUAGUAUUAAUACAAAAGAUUUAGUUCGUGAUGUUGUUUCAAUUAAAUCAAAUCUUUGUUUAUCUGGAAUUAGUCCUGGUGUUGUGGGUACAAAUAAUCAAUGGCUUGUGGGUGAUGUCUUCCUUAAAAAUGUUUAUUCAGUAUUUGAUCUUG